GGUAACGCACACGCACACGCGCGCGCAAGCACAAACACUUUGUAGAGACUUUCCGUUGCCUUCUGUUAUAUUGAGCUAAUUAUAUUUUCUGUCCCCUAAACCUAAAACUCAUAUAAACCAUUGUUACAUUGCAUUGUUACAUUUUUUAUUGAGACGUGAAUUAAUAUGUUCAUUAAGGUUUUUUCCUCAUUGGGAAUGUCGUCAUUGUUUUACUAUUCUUGUGAGACAUUUGAUCCCGACAAUGUUUGAAAAAUAUGAUCAAAAUCUAAAUUAUGAUCAAAUAUUUUUUAUCCAUACAUGCAUUCUAGUCGAUAAAAGUUAUGUAUUUAAAUAUCUCAUUUAGGCCUACUUGUUAUAAUGCCCCUAACAAAAUUGUGGCUGUACCAUGGUGAUGGUACUUUGAUAUACUAGCCUACUGAAAUACAUGUAGGUCUACUGUAAGUUCAAAAAACAAGUUUGUACCAUGAUAGCCAACUUUUUGGCUCUUUUUUUUUUUGUAUAACAUGUCAGUCUUGAGCUGUUAGGUUAUCCAAACCAUACCGCAGACCGACAGAUAGACAACAGAACUUGAACGUUUAAAAACUGACCUAACUCCAUCGUUAUAUUUGAUAUCAGUGGUCAACACUGCACGUUUUACGUUCCACAACACGGAACAUAUACGCGUGCGCCGGGUGAGCAUGAUUUCACAGAGAUAGGCAGUGCCUCAUACGCGUGGCGCAGUGAGCGCACAGAAUAGUUCCUUUGAGUUUGUCAAAGCCACGCGCCCGGCGCGCGAACCCCGAGCAGGGGAUUCAUGCAGGAGGCGGGGUCUUCCUCUGGGAGCGUGCGGCCCGAAAGGGGGUGGAGGUGUGGCGCACGUGUAGAAAAGGGAGAGCAAGUUGCUUUCCCCUCAAAUCAUUCGCCAAACAGGUGAAUCGCUUCUUGCGAGCCACGCGAAAGGCACGAGAGCGGCGCAUUACUUGCAAACUCCUCACCUCAUCUAUUUAUCUAUUUAUUUCACGCGACAUGGACGCAACUGUCAUCGCUACGACGCAAAUUAUUCAAGACUCGUUUUAUCAGCCGUUAUCGGAGACCCUCGUGCCUCAUGCGAAGCAGGACAGGGAGUGUAAAGUGCUGAAGAGACAGCGCUCGAGCAGCCCAGAGCUACUCAGGUGCAAGAGGAGACUGACCUUCAACGGACUCGGCUAUACAAUCCCUCAGCAGCAGCCCAUGGCGGUGGCCAGACGUAACGAACGCGAAAGAAACCGUGUCAAGCAGGUGAACAUGGGCUUCCAGACGCUUCGCCAGCAUGUGCCGAACGGAGCGGCGAACAAGAAGAUGAGCAAAGUGGAGACGCUGCGCUCGGCAGUGGAGUACAUCCGAGCGCUUCAGCAGCUGUUGGACGAGCACGACGCCGUGUCUGCUGUGUUGCAGUGCGGCGUCCCGUCUCCUUCGGUCUCCAACGCGUACUCGGCGGGCCCGGAGUCUCCUCAUUCAGCUUACUCCUCUGAUGAAGGCAGCUACGAGCCUCUCAGCUCUGAGGAGCAAGAGCUGCUGGACUUCACCACAUGGUUCGACAGAUAUGAAUCAGGUGCUUCACUGACUACUAAAGAUUGGUGCUGAAGGGACAGCACGGGACCGGUAUUGGUCGGAGAUACACUGCCUGCUGGUGCCUGUGAAGGACCCGAGUUCAUUGACUGAGCACUGGACACACAGAGGGCAUUUUCAGCAAUGUGCUCAUGCACACAGAUGCAACACUCGCAAGUUUCCAAACGUUAGAACUGCACAGGUUUUGAGGAGAGCGAGGAUGUCUAAACUGCUGACUUUUGUUUUGUCACCCCAUUCUGUUUUCAACAUUUUGCCGUGUUGAUGCAGUAAUGUGUAAAUGCGACUGAAUGAGCCAGUUUGUUCCUUCCACAUUGUACAAAUAACGAGGUGACCAGUUGUAGUUAAACAAAUGAGGAAAAAUAGUAUCAGGUCCCAUAAAUGCCAUCUGUUAGGGAAUACACUAACAUUACGCUAGGCAGCCCACAUGCAACCUGUAUAUUAUAAUAUUUUGUUCUAGAUAUGCGACAGCGUUUUUGUACUGGAUGAAUAACUUUUGUAUCAAAGUGUGCACUUGUGUGUUUUUAUACAAACUUGUGUAUAUGCAAUUUUUAUGAAGAGAAACCCUAUUUUAUGUAAAAUAAAGUCUUUAUUUAUUCAGAUAAU